CCCAUCAAUGAAGAGUGCGUCCACACUGACGCACAUCCUCCGUCAGGAUGCGGUCUCCUCGGGUAGUGUCACAAUUUGUCUUUCAAGAAUAAAUAUUAUUUAUUCAGAGAGGGAAUCUUGUAUCGGAAUAACAUAGAUGCGACACCGAUUCAGAAUUUUGGUCCUGCAGAAUGUCCAAGAUCAGGCGGAAGGUUACAGUUGAGAAUACAAAAACAAUAUCCGAUAGCAGCAGCAACACCGCAACCAGCGGCACCAGUAACCCUGCCGCCCCCUCGCGCCGGCCCAGCGUGUUUGAAAGACUCGGACCAAGCACUGGAAAUAAUGCUGCUGAAAGUCACUGUAGAAAUUGGCUGAAGACGGGAAACUGCAGUUACGGCAACACUUGUCGCUACACACAUGGAACUCAACCACGAGGCAAAGGAUUUAACUUCAGCCGGUCAUCAGACAGACCCACUGGCGACUUGCGGGAGAGGAUGAAGAAUAAAAGACAGGAUAAUGAGCCAGAAAGUGUAAAGCGUGAUUUGGAUGAGCCAGCAUCUCCCAUAGGAAGACAGAGAGACUCCUCCAGAGGCCGACACAGAGAGAAGGAGGAUAUCAAAAUUACUAAGGAGCGUACCCCUGCCAGCGAAGAAGAGCCCAUAGAGUGGGAAACAAACCGUGAAGACUCUGAUAUUGGUGAUUACGAUUACGAAUUGUCCCUUGAGAUGAAACGGCAGAAGAUUCAACGUGAGCUUAUGAAAUUGGAGCAGGAAAAUUUAGAGAAGAGAGAGGAAAUUGUCAUCAAGAAAGAUGAGAACACCACUAAAGCAAGAUCCUCCGUCAUGCAAAAAGCUUCCCCCGAUCUGUUACGCUCACGAGACUCCCCAACACCCAGGAAGUCCAGUGGUUCUCCUAAACAAAAAAGUGGUGUUAAAGGAUCGGGGAAGAAAGAGAAGAAAGCAUCUGGAUCUUCACCUGUUACAGAAACUGUCAAAAUGUUGAAAGCAUCUCACAGUAAGAAGAAAGGUCCUCGUACCCCGAGUCCUCCACCUCCAUUACCCCUGGACAUCCCAGUAGUUGUAAAGAAGCACAAAGGCAAGCACAAAAACAAAGAGAAGUGCGAAGAGAAACAGAAAGAAGGGAAAGACCGGGGACGUGAUAUAGAAAAACACAAAGAAAAGAAGGAGAAACGCAGGGACCGAUCUGACAGUUCUCAUAAGGCCAAGCGCUCAGUGACCUCUGAGGAGCAUUCUCGUAGUGUGUCACCUUCACUCUCUGUGAGGAAGAAGUCCUCCUCUCCCAAAGCUUCUUCACAUAAGGCUGCUAUACUGCCGUCUCCUCGCAGAUCUCCAUCACCUCCACGCCACCAGCGCACGCCCAUAACGCCCCACCACCACUCUCCGUCCUCCCGUUCAGACUCUUCUCCCCAUCGGCAUUCGUCUUCUCCUUGCCGCCGCCGCUCGUCCUCUCCUACCUACCACCGCAGCUCCACAGUUGUGGCCUCUUCUCCGCCAAGGUCCCACCGCUCUCGUUCUCCAGCCACCUCUCAAGAUGCCUCCUCCCCACACCGUCGAUCUAACAAAUCGAGUCCAGCUCUGCACCACUCUAGGGGGCGUGACAAAAGCCGUGGUGACAGAGAGAGGAGUCCCCACACUCAGGAACGCAGACAUGAGCGCAGAGAUGAAACCCGCAGAAAAGUAGAUAAGGACAAUAACCGCGAUGACUGGGACAUGGAGUCAGAGCAGGUCUUGUCAAGGGACAGCCGUGACGAUAGAGAGACUAGAGAUGCCAGAGAACGACGGGAUGGCCGAGACCGAGGACGCGAAACGACCAGAGAGGCUCGUGAUCGCAAAGAUGUAAAGGAAACUAGAGAAAGCAGGACUGAAACGCGCUCCAAUCGAGAAUCACUGGAACGACGAGAUCGAGAGCGUGAGAAAGAGAGGGAAAGGGAGCGGGAAAAAGAGAAAGAGAGGGACAGGAUGGACACCCUUAGGAAGGAGGAAAUAACACAGGAGGACAGGAGUUAUGGAAGAGCUCAUGGGCGUGACGAAGGUGGAAGAGAAGGACGAACAGAGACCAGACCAGAGCGAAACAGUCGUGGAAGGGGACGUGAAUUCUCGGACAAAGGCUCGAACAGGAACUCCAGAGGGUGCCAGCUAGACAGCAGUCAUGACAAUUGGGAGUCCCGGAGUAGUGGCGCACGGGAACGGAGCACAGAACGCAAUGCCACAGAAAGAGGUUCAGACCGAGACAGAAGAGAACAAGUCCGAGACUCUUCUUACGACAGGAGAGGUGGGCACAGUGACAGAGACCGCAGAGAUAAUCGUGAGAGAGAUCCAAGGGCAGCUUCCCCAAACAGACAUCAGAGAAGAUCCGAAGAAUCUGAGAGGGAGGAGAGAAGGGAUGAGCGCCGGAGUGACCGGGGAGAAGAAAGACGGGAGGACCGGAGUAGAGACCGUGAAAGAGACCGGGAGCGAGAGAGGGAACGGGAGAAAGACAGGGAGCGCGAGAGGGAAAAGGAGAGGGAGGCCGAAAGGGAGCGCAACAGGGAGCGAGAGAGAGAGCGAGAACGGGAGCGUGAGCGAGAACGGGAGCGUGAAGAAAGAGAGCGAGAGAGAGAGGAACGUGAGAGAGAGCGGAAGGAGCGUGAAAGGGAGCGGGAGCAGCGGGAGCGAGAGAGGCAGCGGGAAUGGGAGGAGCGGGGAAGGGAAGAAAGGCGGGACAGGAGGGAGGAUACCCGGGAUGACCGUGCCAUUCGAGAGACAAGAGAUGAUCGCAAAACAAGUCGCAAACGACCCCGAUUGGAUGCCAGCCCAAGCCCCAGACCUUCUCCCAAGCGAGGGACGCGUGACCACAGUCCUGCAGACAGUGAUGGCUACAACAGUACAGAUGAGAAAAGUGAGCGUCCAAUUGGCCGAGGGCUGGCCAAGCUCCACCCACAGCCCCUCCUCCCCAGCCCUCUGUGUCCAUCUUCAAGUGACAGUGGGGAUAAGCAUCGUGUGCUCAGUCAAGUGGUCCGCCCCUCGGAGCCACUGUUGCGGUCACCAUUGAGGGCUGCAACAUCUGAUGACAAGCCCGGCCACUGGAAGGAUGAGGAGCGCAGAGGAGCUGCAGAUAAGAGGGAAGCACGCAGCCGCCAUGACGACCAAGAGCCCCGAGCUGAACGAACUAGGGGAAGCGACCGGAGAGCUGAACAGUUGCCAGAUAUGCACUCGGAAUCUCGUAGCCAAGGCCGUGACUCCACGCCACCUCCUGUUUCUGUGGCUCCUAGUGCUGACAAUGAAGACAGAGAUGUCACUGUGUCACACCCCCAAGAGGACAGCAAAAAGAAGACGAAAUCACUGAGGAAGGGCUUGAAGAAAGGGCGCAAAGAUGAAGAAACAAGUGGUGGCAAAGGUCUAAUUGGAGACCGUUUCGACACUGAUCCCCCGCCUGCUGUUCUUCCAGAUGGUCCUCCAUCACUCCUUUCACCAAGGAAGGGAGCAAAGAGGAAAGUGGUUGAGCGAAAGAGGAAACGGAGAGGAGAUUCUGAGGCAUCGGAGGAGGAUUCCUCAGUGCAUUUGCCCCAGAAUAAGAGGAAGAGAGGUCCUCGGACCCCACCUCCCUCAAUAAGACCUGGUCAUCGGGGCACCGGAGGCAAUGCUGAGCCCUCCCAACUACCCAAAAUGGACAACUUCAGUGAUUGGUCGGAUGAGGAGGUCUUAGAUCGACGAGGACAAUUGGAUUCUGCUUCUGCUGAGCGGGCUCUACCUGAGCCUCUUCGUAGAGGUGUUGGCCCCAGGUUGGGGCGGGACAGAGACCGGUGCAACCCCCCUCCCAUUGCUCCUCUGCUUCUACAGGAACCUCCGAUGUUGCUGCAGACAUUGACUCCACAGCCCCUUAUGUCUCAGCCUCUUCUCCGCAAGCCUCCCCCAGAACAGACACGCAGCAGCAGCAUGGGAAGUAACCAGAGCCGCACGUCAUCCAGGCGCCCACGGUCGCCCUCCAACGAGUCUGCCCAUCGAGAUGAUCUCCUGGGAUCGCGUGCCCGCAGGGGGCGCCCCCAAGGCAACAGUGCACAUGACCGGGAAAGGGAGAGAGAAAGAGAGCGGCUGGAAGUUAAUGACCCACCGGGAACAGAGAGGAAAUCACGAAUAGACCAGUUGAGGAGAGGAGAGCCAAGCCGCAGCAACUCUUCAGACCGCCAGGAUUCUCGCAGCCACAGCUCCAGGCGUAGCUCCCCUGAUUCUGAGAGGCAAGCCAGGUCCCAAUCACGUGCUGGCUCUUAUGACAGUCGAGAGCGGGAGCGUGACAGGGAGCAAUUUGAUCGAGAGCGAGACCGAAAGGACCCCCGGCAACAACAGUCAGGCUUACUUCUCCAGCAGCCUCUUCAACAACAGAGAGACUGGGAUCCUGAAUCCAGGGACUGGCCCAGCAGGGGACGAGAGCCUCUACCCAUACGUCCUGGCCGUGAACCUCUUCUCAGAGAGAGGGACAUCAGGGACAGGGAACGCCUACUGCCGGAAGGACUCAUUCAGCAGCAUGACCGAGAAAGGGAGCGUGAGAGAGAACGGGACAGAGAGAGCAGAGCUGAAAGAGGCAGCGAUAGAGAGAGGGAGAGAAUUAUGAUGCUAGACUUGCCCUCCCUGUCUGACUCCAGAGCUGCAGGACGAAGUGACCUGAUGCGACAAGAUAGGGGUGACUAUGAGCCCCUCCUGCCAAGAGAAGCCUUCAGCCCCGCAGAAUCUGAGAAACCAAGUAACAGCCACCAUGUCGUGAGUGAGCAGUCAGCGAUUGAGAGGAUUGACAGCAUUGACGGAGAGGAUGAUGGGAAAGAAGAUGACAGUCAGUCAGUGGCAUCUGUCGGAGAGGAGUAUGAACCAAUCAGUGACGAUGAGCUUGAUGAAAUUCUGGCUGACAGUCAGAAAAAAGAAGACCCACAAGAUGAGGAGAAAAUGACAGGCCCUCUGGAUGUCAUUGAUGUGGACUGGUCCAGUUUGAUGCCCAAACAGAAGCCGGAGCCCCGAGCGGCCGGAGCAGCUCUGUUGCGCUUCACACCAGGGGCUGUUCUCCUCAGGGCUGGCGUCUCAAAGCGACUUGCUGGGACUGCGCUCCUGGAGAAGGUCAAAGAAGUCUGCAAGGCUGAGCUGGAUGACCCCAAAGAUGGCGACAAGCUGUUUGAGCAUGACCUUGGGGCUUUGAACAUGGCAGCCCUGAACAGACGGGUGGAGAGGGCAGGUUUACUCAGUAACCUGGGGCCCUGCUGCAAGGCUCUCUGUGCCCGCAGGGACUUUGGCAUCCGCAGGCAACUCUUGAAAAACGACAAGGGUCUCACCAAACAGUAUCCGAUGAAUCCUGUGGUGGACAGCGAGCUGCUACAAAUGAGCAUGCGUCUUUUUAGGAGAACUGUGACUGGUCAGACUUCUGUCCCAGAAAGAUCUGACAGUGAUUCAGAUCCAGCUCUUGAAGAUCCUCCUGCAGCCAGCAUCAGCAAGCUGGCUGCUGGAGCGCAAGAGGUUUGCGUGUCAUGAGAUGCACAAGGUGGCUUUUAGUCAGGAAGUGUGUGAACAUAAUGGCUUGAAAACCUUGACUUCUCCCUAUCUCACGUCAUUGCAGACUUCAAUUGUUAGUAGGAAAUAAAACUACAUUUCAAAGUUUGGAAUGUGUUAUAUUUCGUGCAUGUUCUGUGCCACUGCAAUUUUUUAUUAACUUGGUACAUUAAAAAGUUAUUUUGGGUUUUA